GCCCCAGGCCCCGGGACUUCCGCCGCCCCACCCCCCACAUCAUCGGGCGACAAGAAACAAAAUAUAGAUUAAAUUUAAAAACAAAAUGCAGCAACCGGGCAGCGGGCGGGGUGUCAACGCAGCUGGGUAGCAGGCUGUUUCUGUUUGUGUGGAGAAGAACAUUAAAAAGGACCAUUUGGCUUCUCCGACAUGCUCCGCCAUUCAAUAACAUCAUGGCUGAUCUAUUAUCUCGUUGCAAUUCACUCGCACUAAUCCCAUAAUCAACUAAGGUUGGAAUAGUUGUAUAUGUGGCAGAAAAAUUACACAUUUCCACUGUGAUCUGGAUGAAAAAGACAUUCAAUGCUUUUUGAAGGAAUGAAGCAAUGCAAUAUAUAUAGCAGGGAAUAUAACUUAAUCGAUCUACUCCCUGAACAAAUAAGAAGCAAGAAAAGUGAAUAAUAAAAAGAAAGAGGAAUGAAAAUGGGCCUCUAACAAUGCUUCGGCUACCAUGGGCAGUGUCACGCUACGCUAUUUCUGCUAUGGAUGCCUUUUCACAUCCGUGACCUGGACUCUUCUCCUUUUCAUCUACUUCAACUUGAGCAACGAAAGCUACACACUCAGAAAUGUGCCCUUCCAGGGGAGCCAGCAAGUACAGUGGAGAUUCAAGCCCCGAUUUACCAAAGGAUCCAAACAUCUGCUUGAAUCCCAACGCCAAGACAAAAUAGACAGCCCAUUCCUUAAACAUAUACCAAAAAAGUCAGAGAAAAAAUUAGAACACUUUUCAGAACUGGGUAUGAUUUUCAACGAAGUGGAUCAGGAGAUUCGGAAUGCUGGAUACCAGAAACAUGCCUUCAAUGUGCUCAUCAGUAAUCGUUUGGGAUACAAAAGAGAUAUUCCUGAUACCAGAGACCCAAAGUGUAAAGCAAAAAGCUACCCAGUGAAUUUGCCUUCUGCCAGCAUUAUUAUCUGUUUUUAUAACGAGGCUUUAUCAGCUCUACUGCGGACAGUACAUACUGUGCUGGAUCGUUCUCCUGCAAACUUGUUGCACGAAAUUAUACUUGUAGAUGACAACAGUGAUUUCAUUAAUCUGAAAGAUGAGCUCGAGAUCUACAUCUGGAAUAGUCUACCCAAAAAGGUGAAACUAGUGCGAAACUCUGAACGAGAGGGAUUGAUACGUGGCAGAAUGAUUGGUGCAUCCCAUGCAACAGGGGAUGUGCUGGUGUUUCUUGACAGUCACUGUGAGGUGAAUGAGUUGUGGCUGCAACCCCUGCUGACACCUGUGAUGCAGGAUCGCAAGACUGUGGUGUGUCCGGUGAUUGACAUCAUCAAUACUGACACAUUAAUCUACAGCUCUUCCCCAAUUGUGAGGGGAGGGUUUAACUGGGGUCUGCAUUUCAAGUGGGAUCCAGUGCCUGCCUCAAUGUUGAAUGGACCGGAGGGACCAACAGCACCAAUCAAGUCACCUACAAUGGCAGGAGGAUUAUUUGCAAUGGACAGGCAUUACUUCUAUGAACUUGGACAGUAUGACAGUGGCAUGGAUAUUUGGGGAGGAGAAAAUCUGGAAAUUUCAUUUAGGAUUUGGAUGUGCGGCGGCCGGCUAGAAAUAAUUCCAUGCUCCAGGGUAGGGCAUAUUUUCCGAAAACGCCGACCAUAUGGUUCGCCUAAAGGGCGGGAUACCAUGACACACAAUUCUCUUCGUCUGGCACAUGUCUGGAUGGAUGAGUAUAAGGAACAAUACUACGCCCUCCGGCCUGAGCUCAUAGCCCAGAGCUACGGUAACAUUAGUGAACGUAUUCAGUUGAGAAGGAGACUCGGUUGUAAAUCAUUCAAGUGGUACCUGGACAAUAUCUACCCAGAGAUGCAAGUUCUUGGACCAAAUGAAAAAGCCAGAGUGCAGCAGCCAGUAUUGGUUAAUAGAGCUCUGAAACGGCCAAAGGUUCUUCAGCAUGGAAGGAUAAGACAUCUACAGACAGCCAAAUGUAUAAGUGCUCAGAACCAUCCUAGCCAAAAAGGAGGAAUCGUGGUGGUCAAAGAAUGCAACCUAUCAGACCCAGAUCAGGUUUGGGUUUAUAAUGAAGAACAUGAACUAGUUCUUGCCAACCUUCUCUGCUUGGACAUGGCAGAGACUCACCAAUCAGAUUCUCCGCGUCUUAUGAAAUGUCAUGGGUCUGGGGGAUCCCAACAGUGGAUUUUGGGGAUAAAUAACCGCAUAUACCAAGUCUCAGCUGGGCAGUGCCUUCAGGUGGUAAACCCUGGCAGCAUUAAAGGAUACAUCGCCAUGGCAAUCUGUGAUGGCUCUGCUGCUCAGCAAUGGCAAAUGGAGAGCUGAUCGAAGAAGUGGGCCUUCAAAAGUGGUUUAUGGAGACGACUGAAUCACUGUUGAGAAAUAUCUCUCAGGAGCACGAAAAGCUGGAAAUACAUGUUGCAACACAAAGUCAGGAAAUCCCUGACAGGAUCUUCAUCUCAAAUGUUUCACUUUGCUGAUUAUAUUGAUUUAAAAUAAUAGUUUUACCACAAAAUAUUUUUCUAUUUUUUGCCUCAGAUUCUAUGGACAUCAUGAGAUGACUAAGUUUGAAAUGGUUUAAAAAAACUGUAUCAAGUUUUUAAUUAUUAUUUAUAAACAUCAGUCAUAUGAUUGUUCUAAAAUUGACAGGGUUGCAUCAGUUUUUAACAAGUGUCACAAACAAUUUACAAUAUAUAAUGUGAAUUACAUUUCCAUAGAGCCAUUUAAUUAAGAUUUUAUCAUGUAUGGUUAUAUGUAUGACACAUGCAUAAAUUGUAAUUAUAUUAUGCGUUAUUAAAAAUGAACUCUUUCAUCUAUUAUUACAUGGUGAAUCCAAUAAUAUUCUACACCUUGUGGUAGUUAAAAGGUUAAAGUGUUUAGUAUGGAUGGUCCUGAUACAGACAUCCAGAUUAAAAUCAUAAUCACCAACCUACCCUCUAUUCAAAGCCUUCUGGCCUAUUUGAAAUGAUAACUUGAAAGAAUCAAAGGAAUACUGUUGUAUGAAAUGGCUGGAGACAUUUUCAUUUCAUUGUUAUUAAAUGUGCUAUUGAAAGCAUACAAUAUUACCAAUUUGACAAGGGGGAUUGGAGGAGCUGCAUCAAAUUCUGAUUCAAAUCAAACCUAAUUCAGACUUACUUUCCCUCUCCCAGCUGAUCUGAGGAGGUCAAGUUCUGCACUGCCCUCCAGAAUGUAACAUUAAUUUACUAUUGAAACCUUAGUGUCACAAAUGCUUUCUCCAAGAAUGCUGUACCUCACCUCUUAACAAACUGCAGGAACGAAACUAAUCUACAGGAAUAAUGGGAAACUGUUCAAUCUGCAGCAUCUGUAUUCCAGAACCAAGCACACUUCAGUCUCUCAUCAGUGGUUGCAUCAACAGACAUUGAGAAGUCAAGUUCCAAUUCAUUGUGGACUUGUUCAUAGAGAAUGGACUUCAAACUCAACAUUCAGAAGGCAAAGGUCCUUGACCCUCAAGCUCCUAUUAGUACAACACAAACUUAUGAUUCAGUGUUCACAUGAAGACCCUUGAAAAUAUGAGCCACUUUCCAGAUCUCAGGAGCCUCCUCUCAGCAAAGGCAGAAUUUCAUUACUGCCAGCAGAGCCUUGGGCUGAUUCAAAAGAAUAUUUUAAGAUCAAGAUUUCCAAACAGGCACAAAGGUUCACAAUACGCUGCAUAAUAGUGAUCCCUGCUUUCUUAUAUGCUUAUGACCUUGAUUCCCCCUACCAAGGCAGAAAUUUUCAGCUACACCACCCUCUGCAAAAAGAAAUCUCUGCAUACCUUAGUUUAAGUGACAAGUGCUUUCGUGUCAUCUUGUUCAUGAUUCUACCACUAGUGAAACAUUCCAACAAAGAACCAUAAGAUAUAGGUGCAGAAUUAGGCCAUUUGGCCCAUUGAGUCUGCUCCACCAUUGCCCUCUCAGAUCCAAUUUCCUGCCUUCUCCCUGUAACGCUUCACUACUGACUAAUUAAGAACCCAUCAACCUCCAUCUUAAAUACACCCAAAUGACUUGGCCUCCACAGCUGCCUGUGACAACAAAUUCCACAGAUUCACCACUCCCUGGCUAAACAAAUCCCUCAUCUCCAUUCUAAAUGGAUGCCCCUGUAUUUUGAGGCUGUGCCUUCUAGUCUUACACUCCCACACCAAAGGAAACAUUCUGCCACAUCAUUCUCUAUCGAGGCCUUUCAACAUUCGAUAGGUUUCAGUUAGAUCUCUUUCAUUCUUCCGAAUUCCAUGAGUACGAGCCCAGAGCCACCUAUUGAUACUCACGUGAUAACCGUUUCAUUCCUGAAUCAUCCUCAUGAACCUCCACUGAAACCUCUCCAAUGUCAGCACAUCCUUUCUUAGAUAAGUGGCCCAAAACUGCUCAUAAUACUCCAAGUGAGACCUCACCAGUGCCCUUUUAAGCCUCAACAUUACAACCUUGCUUUUAUAUUCUAUUCCUCUCAAAAUGAAUGCUAACAUUUGCCUUCCUCAGCACCAACUCAACCUACAAAUUAACCUUUAGGGGAUUGUGCACGAGGUCUCUCCCAAGACCCUUUGCAUCACAGAUUUUUGAAUAUUCUCUCCAUUUAGAAAAUAGUCUAUGCUUUUAAUUCUUCUCCCAAAGUGCAUGACCGUACAUUUCCCGUUGCUGUAUUCCACCUGCCACUUCUUUGCCCAUUCUCCUUAUCUGUCCAAGUCCUUCUAUAGUCUCCUUGCUUCCUCAACACUACAUGCCCCUCCACCUACCUUUGUACCAUUUGCAAACUUGGCCACAAAAUCAUCAAUUCUGUCAUCCAAGUCACUGACACAUUAUGUUAAAAAAUGCGGUCCCAACACAGACACUAGUGGAACACCACUGGUCACCAGCAGCCAACUAGAAAAGGCUCCCUUAUUCCCACUCUUUGCCUCCUGCCAAACAGCCAAUGCUACUAUCUUUCCCGGAACACCACGGGCUCUUAACUUGUUAAGCAGCCUCGUGUGCAGCAUCUUGUCAAAGGCCUUAGGAAAAUCCAUGUGCACAACAUUCACAGAUUCUCUUUUGUCUAUCCUGCUCGUUAAUUCCAAUAGAUUUGUCAAACAAGAUUUUCUCUUAAGGAAAUCAUGUUGAUUAUGGCCUAUUUUAACAUGUGCUUCCAAGUACUACAAAACUACAUCCUUAACAAUCGACUCCAACAUCUUCCCAACGACAGAGAUCAGACUAACAGGCCUAUGAUUUCCUUUCUUCUGCCUCUCUCCCAUCUAGAAGAGUGGAGUGACAUUUCCAAUUUUCCAGCUCUCUGGAACUAUUCCAGAAGCUAAUCAUUCUUGAAAGAUUAUUUACUAAUAUCAUUGUAUUCGAAAGUGAUUGUAUUCUAAAAUAACUAUCUUGUAAUUAUCUACCUUCUGUCUUUCUUAUUUCUUGUACAAGAAGUCACGUUGGCUCAGAGGGAUUGCUUCAGAAGAAGUACACAUAACUACAAUAUUGUGGCUUUGAUGGAAACUUGGCUUAUAGGUAAUAACUGUAUGCCAUUAUUGAAGCCUCCUCAGCCAUACUCCCAAGUUCUGAAUGCAGUUCAUCAUUACCAUACCUUAUCCUGAUCAGCCUUGUCACUCCUCUGGCUGUCUGCACUGCUCAUGCACAUCUCAUUUCAUUCCCACACUCCCUUUUGUCUCUGAAAUCUUUGUGGUUUAACCCAGCCCACCCCACCCCC